UGUGUCUACUACCAGAUGCUCAGUCUACAAGAUCUCCACGGUGUCCGCUUUGCGUUGGCUCUACACAGCAUGACUGUAACCUUCAAACAUCCACACAGGAUCCCUCUACCCUUCCUCUUGCUGAAGAACUGUGGACGUUGUGGCCUUCUAAAAGCCACCUGGUUCUUGGUAUACACCAUGGUACUGCUGAUGGGUUCACUGCUCUAAAGAUUUGGUGGUCUUUCUACAGCUGCUGAAUGAUAUCAUAGCUGGCACACCCAUUAAUGAUGAUCAGCUUGCAGAGUUUGUCGCCGGUGAAACUUUUAAAUUAAUAUCGGCGAAGAAAGUGGGUACACAAAGUAACCCCUCACCGAAACCCCCAUUGGAAAGAAAGAAAUCUGAAUUGGAAGUCUUCUUCAAAGGGUCAGAUGACCAGUCACUUUACUUAACUCGAGUCUUAGACCAGUCUACUACGAAGUUGCUAAAAGAAAAGUGUUGUAUGGAGGGUGUCUCUCUGUAUUCGGCCUUCUGCGCUCUAGCUACUGUCACUUUCGUAGACUUCCUAGUGGCUAAGAAUGUAAUUCGUGAGAAGUACUGCGUGUCCAGUAAACACAGCAUCAACAUGAGACGAUAUUGGAGCGGUGAUUCAUCUCUUGCUUUUGGCUGUCACAUAGAAUCGAUCAAUCUGCAUACGAUGAUCCAGAGAGAAGCUUUGGCAGACUUUUGGAGCUUUGCACGGUCUUUACACGAAGAACUACAGGAAGAGAUGGAUAGUAAAAGCAUCUUUGGAAAGGCAGUCCAGAAAGAACUGUAUCGCCCCACUGUUCAUGACAACGAGAAGUUCAUGACUAGACAGCCUCUUAGUACUGAUUACCAUAUUUCUGACAUGGGUGAUGUGACUGCAUUUAUACACGGAGGACCUCAUGUACGCUCAGAACUGGUGUGGUCUACUGUAUCAAUCCACAAGUUCAAUAUACCCUGCGCUCACCUCUUCCAUACAUACAGAGGGAGAUUCAUCCACACACUUGACUAUGCCACAAAGUACAUGACAACAGAGGCAGCCACGAUGUAUUGCAACAAAAUAUUCGAUAGAUUACGGAAAGUAAUUUUAUAGGUAUUGGAUUUCGUAGUACAAAAUCUCUUGCCUACUAGAAUUUAGUCAUCCACAAAAGCUUUUUUAGCGCUUGGCUUUAGCCUCUUCUGUUCCACUAAAUUCAAUGUGCAAUUUGUUUUUUCAUGUGCAUAAUUUUUUAAUUUUUAAUGUUUUGAUAUUUAACAAGGUUGAUUAGAGCUUUGGAUUAUGUUGGUCAGUGUUAGUUUCUUUGUAUUUAAUGUAAGUGGUUUAAUAAAAGACAUUUAAA